AUAGAGGACCCCUCACUUAUGUUAUAGUUAUAUUGGUAUGCUGAAAGUGUAACUCGUGAAUGAUAUUACAUUUUUCGUUUUGAUGAUUAGAAACAGAAAAUAUUACAAUUUAAAAGUUAGUGAUUAUAAAUUUUGAUAUUUGUUUUUAGUUCAAUAUACAAAUAAUAGAUAUUCAUCCCAAUUUAGGGUUUUCCUUUAACUCUUAAAUGAGUGCGUGUUUAUUGAAAGUGUACAAAGCGUAAGAGGAUGCAGUCACAGAGGUAUCAAGAGGACAACACCAUAGAUUCAAGUUAUGCAGUUAUCAAUAGAACGGAACGAUCAGAUACUACGAAUUCAGUCCAAGCGUCUGAUAACGGAACACACAACACACAUUCUUUAGAUUCCACAUAUGCAUCCAUCAAUCCAGUACAAAGACCAAAUAAUCCUGAAGAUGUCGAUACGUCUGUCAGUAUAGUGCAGCAUGCAGAUGUGAAUAUCUCACAGCAGGGCUUCUCUGUAGGAUAUGACAACAGAAGUAAUCUCUCAAUACAUCCGCAACACGUCGCUGACCUGACGUCACAGCCUGUUGUUACUGAUGGACCGACUGAGAUAAUUGCACAAGCCGCGAGACCAACACGUUCUUUAGAUUACUCAUAUGCAUCCAUCACUGAUGUACACAGACCGAAUGUGAAUGUCUCACAGCCGGGCUUCUCUGGAGGCUAUGACAACAGACGUAAUCUCCCAAUACAUCCGCAACACGUCGCUGACCCGACGUCACAGCCUGUUGUUACUGAUGGACCGACUGAGAUAAUUGCACAAGCCGCGAGACCAACACGUGCGGAGCCUCGAGUUCGCCAACCAAGAACUUCACGAUUUCUCGACUUCAAGCGGCUGACCUGGUCCAGUCCAGCUGGGGUGGUAGUUGUGGCGGUGGUUCUUGUUUUGAUACUGCUUGGAGUCGUUGCCGUUAUAUUAUAUGUCACUGUAUUCAAGGAAGAUAACUCAAAACAAGAAUGGGAAUGGACCGACUGGGAGAAUUGGAGCACCUGUUCAAAGACUUCCGGUAAUGGCAUUAAGACUCGCAAUAGAACAUGUGACAAUUGUCCUCAAAAUAACGACAAAGUCUGUGAUGGGCCCCACUCAGAAACAUCAUUUUGUUGUGAAACGACCUGCCCUGUAAUCUGUGUCUGGUCAGAAUGGUCCGUCUGUUCUUGUGAUAAAGGAGUAUCCACUAGAAGAAGAGAGUGUAACAAUGCGACCGGCGAGGAAAAUAUUGAGGCCGAUUCGGAAACGAAGCUUUGUUGGAGCUGUUGGGGUGAAUGGAGUCGGUGCAGCUUCACGUGCGGAAGUGGAAUAAGAACGAGAAAUAGAACAUGUAAUGGCAAAUUUUCUGAAGAAGAAUGCGGCUGGGAGCUCCCUACAUUUAGAGAUACGGGGACUUGCGAAAAUCAUUCUUGUACCAAUCAUUUCUGUGAAGGAAAGAUUGCAAAUUGUUCCUAUAAACAUCCACACAGAUGUGAUACGUUCAUCACGUGUGAGGCAGACGACAAUAUGCACGAGCGCGUAUGCAAUGUGAAGAUGAGAUACAGAGUAGAUGAUGACGACGAAUGUGAGGGAUAUUGUGAUUGGGAGAGAAAAGUUAAAUGUUCUAGUGAUAUACAUAAACCAUUUACAUGAUCAAAAGUGUCAACAACUGAUAUAAUAUCCAUAUGUGUGCAUUUUGUAUAUCAUCAUUAACACUGCCAGCAGACCGCUCCUUCGCAAGGCUUGUUUUUGUUCGAAACAACACAACGUAUGUGAUCCAGGCAUUGUCGUUUUAUUUCAUUUCAACAAAUUGUAUUGACAAGGAUGAUUUAAGUCAAUAAGAUCAAAUAACAGGAAAAGCCUAUAUACAUUCUCUCCUACAAUGGCUGAAGUUAUAGAUUUGUAUUUCAUGAAUUAUAAACAUUUAAUUUUGAAAUGAAAAUUAUGAAAUACAACAGUCAAGGGGACAUUUACUCAUUCAAAUAUUUUGAUUCACACAUUAUACACACAUAACACACACAUAAUACAAUUACAGCUAUUAUUUGAAUAUUGUGAACAUAUUAUAUAAACUAUCUGCCACUCAAAAAUUGACAGACAUUGACCAACGUUCGUUUUAUUUAAUGACGUGAUUCACUAAAGUGCUGAAACCUUUGACAAAGAAUUAAACGCAUGCAUUGUAUACAACAAAAAUGCGGCGCAGAAAACAGCGUCUACAUUCUAUAGAGAGCAGAGAAUUUUAUCUAAAAUGAGAACAAAAAAGAAAAACUCCAGGGACGGGGAUGGUGGAUGGAGGAAUAUAGUAAAGAAAGAAUUAAUAAAGUCACACGUCGCAUGGUUCCUUGUUGAUAGACGUCCACUCCGGCAGACAAACGCUAUAAUUAGUAAAAGUGGGAAUUUUGAAUCCACUAAGCAACUUUAUCACCAUGGCAUUCUCAUGGUGUAAUAUAGGCGGUAUAGAAAGGCACUAGACCUUGUGUACUGAUGAAAUACCUUGACCCCACCUUCGCGUUUCACAAUUACUAACAUGCAAUAAUUUAUUUCUAAUAGUUGUAAUUGUAGCUAGAUGCGGCUCUUGUAUAACUGUUUUUUCUUAUACUUUAGAAAAUGUAAAAUACCAAUAUUUUAAAAUCUUAUUUGAUUAAUUAAAUAUCAGAAAAUAUUCCAGCAUCUUUGAACCCGUAAUAAAAAUGUAUAAACUGAGUAUGUUCAAUUCGAUGUCAGUUAGUAAUAAAUAAAUAAAUUUAAACAUUAAAGUAAACUGUCUGCAGUCAUCAAAAUUGUUCACGAGUUGUUUAUCUUUUUUUUUUAAGUUGUAACAUUUAACACUCAGCAUUGCAACCAACCACGUGUGCUGAUUUAUUUAAAAGAUGACCGUUGUGUGUUCUAGCGCCUGCCGACGCAAUACCACCACCCGGACCCUGUAAGGGCUCUGAGAUACCAGGAGUAAAAUUAUCCAUAUUAGAUUGUAUAUUGUGUCUUUUGUCCAAAAAGAUAGGUAUGAAGUAUAUUGUAUAUCGUAGGUCACUGAAAACGAGAGCUACACACGUGUCAGAUAGAUGCGUAUGGUAGAAAUCACGCGAUAGAAUGAGUGGAAUUUACAGCUCUAUAUAGGUUCUCACAAUACAUCAUCUAUUUUUAAUUUUAUAUUCAUUUGCAUCUCAGCCCGUCUGGUUGUUUACCGUACCAUGCAGACGCUAAAUGAAAACAAAUAA